AGCGGUGUUCUUUAAUUAGCAUCAUCAUAACUGAUCAAAAUGGCAGAAAUUUCACUUGGUUUCCUUGCAUUCUCUCUACUCGUCUUCGUUCUGACUAUUUCAGAAAUCACCACGGUGAAGGGAGAAUUAUGUGAAAAGCCAAGCAAGACCUGGUCUGGAACGUGCAAAGAUACCGACAAAUGCAACAAACAGUGCAUAGAAUGGGAGGGUGCAAAAAAUGGUGCUUGUCACCAACGUGAAGCAAAAUACAUGUGCUUUUGCUACUCUGAUUGUCCCCCCAAAGGAAAGAAACCACCUCCCUCUCCAGCUCCAGCUCCAGCUCCGCCUCCGCCUCCACCUCCGCCUCCACCUCCGCCUCCACCACCACCACCGGCUAGCGGGCAGCCGGCUCCACCUCCAGGAUGUGCGAAGCUUGAUGUAGAUAAGCUAAUAGCUGAAGCGCUCACCCGCUACAAGAUCGAACUUGAGAAAGUGAUACAUUUUGAGCUUCCAAUCGACCCGUCUGUCAUCCUUGUAUAACAAUUAUGAAUGAAGAGAAAAUAUUUUGUUAUUAUAUAUGUAUUUGUU